AUGCGGGCGCCCAUCGCAGAGCCCAACCCCGGAGACCUGAUUGAGAUCUUCCGCCCCUUCUACCGACACUGGGCCAUCUACGUGGGGGAUGGAUACGUGGUGCACCUGGCCCCCCCAAGUGAAAUCGCGGGAGCAGGGGCGGCCAGCCUCAUGUCUGCCCUGACCGACAAGGCCAUCGUGAAGAAGGAGCUGCUGUACUUUGUGGCCGGCAAAGACAAGUACCACGUCAACAACAAGCACGACGGGAAGUACGCCCCGCUGCCGCCCAGCAAGAUUGUGCAGCGGGCGGAGGAGCUGGUGGGCCAGGAGAUGCUCUACAAGCUGACCAGCGAGAACUGCGAGCACUUCGUGAACGAGCUGCGCUACGGGGUCCCCCGCAGCGACCAGGUCAGAGAUGCCAUCAUGGCUGCGGGCAUCGCAGGAGUGGGCUUGGCAGCCGUGGGCCUCCUUGGAGCCGUGAUCUCAAGAAACAAGCGACAGAAGCAAUAA